UAUCCCUUCCUCUUUCCCUUCUCCUCCUUCCUUUCCCUUCCUCCUCCUUUCCUCAAAAUCCUUCUACGUACAGCUUAGUUGAAUAGUUUUAAUAAUAAUAAUAAUAACAAUAAUAAAGAGUAGUAUUAAACAAGUGGGUAUAAAAAAAAAAAAAAAAAAACCACUUCUCCUUAAUUUUCCCUUGAUCUCUACUCCAUCCACUUCAUCUGAAAAUUCCAUUUCAACCUCUCUGGGUUUCAUUAAUAUUUUGCAGGUGGUUUUAAACUCGGAAAAUAUGAGCUUCUUCUUCCCCAACCACCACUCUUCUUCUUCUUCUUCCUCCUCCCGCAUGAAGCUGCUCCCGAGAAGAACCCACCACUUCCCCCAUCAUCACCACCACCACCACCAGCACCACCACCAUCGGCGUUCCCAAUACUUGGAGAAGCUCAAGAAGUACUACAAAUGGCUCCUGUGGCUCUCCCUCUCCCUCUACCUCUUCUUCUCCACGGCGACCUCUUCGUCCCCCUCAAAACCACCCCUCGCGCCUGCUUCGUCGUCGUCGUCGCCGCCGCUGCGGAUCUACGUGUACGAUUUGCCGGCGCGGUACAACAGGGACUGGCUGUCGAAUCCGCGGUGCGGGAGCCACCUGUUCGCGGCGGAGGUGGCGAUCCACGAGGCGCUGCUGGCGCACGGCGACCGCGCCCUGGACCCGGCGGACGCCGACCUGUUCUUCGUCCCCGUCUACGUCUCCUGCAACUUCUCGACCCCCACGGGCCUCCCCUCGCUCCGCCACGCCCGCCCCCUCCUCUCCUCCGCCGUCCGCCUCCUCUCCUCCCGCUUCCCCUUCUGGAACCUCUCCCGCGGCCGCGACCACCUCUUCGUCGCCUCCCACGACUUCGCCGCCUGCUUCCACCCCAUGGAGGACGUCGCCGUCGCCGACGGCAUCCCCGAUUUCUUAAGGCACUCCAUCCUCCUCCAGACCUUCGGCUCCCGCCGCCCCCACCCCUGCCAGCAGGCCGCCCACGUCGUCAUCCCUCCCUACGUGUCCCCCGACAUCGCCCUCCACCUCCCCCCCGACCCCGCCGCCGUCCCCCGCGACAUCUGGGCCUUCUUCCGCGGCAAGAUGGAGGUCCAUCCCAAGAACAUCAGCGGCCGCUUCUACAGCAAGAAGGUGAGGACGGAGAUAUUGGAGAGGUACGGGGGGAACCCGAGAUUUUACUUGAAGCGGAAGCGGUAUGCGGGUUAUCGGGCGGAGAUAGCGCGGUCGGUGUUCUGCCUGUGCCCGCUGGGGUGGGCGCCGUGGAGCCCGCGGCUGGUGGAGGCGGUGGUGCUGGGGUGCGUGCCGGUCGUCAUCGCCGACGACAUCCGGCUGCCGUUCCCGGAGGUGGUGCGCUGGGAGGAGAUAUCGCUGGCGGUGCCCGAGCGCGACGUGGCGCGGCUCGAGGCCGUGCUCGACCACGUGGCGGCGACCAACCUCUCCGAGAUACAGCGCAACCUGUGGGACCCGGCCAAGCGCCGGGCGCUGCUGUUCCACCGCCCGAUGGAGGAGGGCGACGCCACGUGGCAGGCGAUGAGGGAGCUGCGCGCCAUGCUCGGCCGGUCCCGGCGGAGGAGGCGGCCGCGCGGCGAAUCCGGAGCCGACACGUGGAGGAGUUGCGUAAGGCCCGUCCAAUAUAGGAAGAGCAAAGUGAUGACGCGGCACAAUCACAACCGUCCGAUAUACGGGCCCACGUGUCGGUCUCACAGCCAUCUCAUAUAACCGUUACACUGAUUCCUGUUCCCAGGCUACAGA